AUGGUCUCAUCUCGAUCCUUAUACCCGCAAAACCUCCCGACGAUACCGUUCUGGGUAGCUCUUAUUCCCUUCUUCAAGGACGUUGACCAGUCGGAUAUUUUCCGUCAGUACAUUGACAAGCCGCUGCGUACUCACGGAGCAGUCAAAAUUUUCUUCGGCGCGCAAUGGAACAUCUUGGUACAUCGACCCUCGUAUCUGGUCGAGAUAUUCAAGGACGAAGAUUUGUACGAGAAGAGCGGCAACCAGAAGAAGAUUCCUCAUAGCGUCCUGGCAGAGUUCCUUGGCAAGUAUUCUUUGUCAUCCAUUGUGCUUCGAAACCGUUCUAACUCGGAAUCAGGCGACAAUAUCAUCUCGGCGAGAGGCGGCGUCUGGAAGAACUAUCGGUCGGUCAUCAAGCCAGGCCUUCAGAGGAAUUUCGAUGGCGAAAUCAUCGAAAGCAACGCAGUCAGCCUGUGCCGUCUCCUUCGCGAAUCCCAAAAGCGGGCCGGCAGCGGCGGCGGCGGCGUUGCUAUGCAAGACCUGUUGCAGCGGUAUUCCGUCUCCAACUUCACCGAAGCCGUCUUGGGUACCAAAUUGCAUGCACUCGACAGGGCAGAUGCUCCCAUCAAUCUCCUCCAGACGGCGGUCAAGAGGGAGAUCUUCAAGCCCAUCUUUAUGAGCUUUCCAUUCCUCGACAGGUUGCCGCUCAAGUCUCGCUUGGCGGCCCGACGCACUGUGGGCCUGUUCAAGAACGAGCUCAAACGCGCGCUGCAGGCGAGCCACCACAUGCCUGUGGAGAAGACAUCAUCCCUGUCAGACCAAUCCGACGACAAACUCGGCAGGCGCAUGCUCGACGCCAGAGCAUCGGGCAUGUGGGAUGAGAAGCAGCUCCUCGACAACCUCACCGUGGCAUUCGUGGCCGGUCAAGAGAACCCGCAGCUGCUGAUGAUAUCGAGCCUGUAUCUUCUGGCGAAACAUCCUGAGGCGCAAGAGGCUUUGCGCCAAGAAAUCCUUUCCAAGGAUGCCAAGUCUUCAGCAGAUCUGGCCAAAGAGGACAUGCCGUAUCUCACCUCGCUCAUCUACGAGUGCCUGCGCUUGUUCCCUCCCAUUGGUCAAUUGAUCAACCGGAAGGCUGCGGAGACGGCGCUGCUAGGCGGCGACGUCGUAAUCCCAAAAGGGACAUAUGUCGGCUACCACUGCUACUCAACAAACCGAUGCCCGACUGCGUGGGGUCCCACAGCAGACAAGUUUGACCCCGGACGGUUCGUCUUACACGUGCACAUCCUUCGGAAUAUCAUGAAGCUCACAUUUACAGGUGGGGAUCAUCCUCAGAAGUCAUUCAGCAAAACUACCGCCGCCGCCGGGCAAGGGGGGAGUGGAUCAGCUUUCAUGGUGGUAAGACAGACUUCAAAGGAAGAGUGGUGA